AUCGAGAACCGAGGUAAUAGUUGUCCGUAGCAUAGGACGUUUAACGCAGCGACCUUCUAAUAAAGAAAUGAGAAUCUACGCGCGCGCAGUUUGUUUAUAACAGUGAGUACGGCGUGACGUACAACAAAAUGUUCAGGUCGCGACGGUGCCUAUUGAGCAGCGUGUUGGCGGCGCUGGUGGUAGGCGUGUUGGUGGCGGUGCUGGUGCUGCAGCCGUGGGCCGGCCGCGACCAGCCACGCUACCGUCGCGCCGCUAUCGCUGCCAACGGAUAUGAGUGUGCAUCAAUUGGACGGUCAAUAUUAGAACGUGAGGGAUCAGCAGUUGACGCGGCGAUAGCGACUCUUUUCUGUGAAGGUAUAGGCUGUGCACAAUGUAUGGGUCUCGGUGGCGGAUUUCUAGCCACAGUGUACGACGCCAGUUCGGGUCGAGUACGAGUUCUCAACGCGAGGGAACGAGCUCCAGCAGCAACUCGCGAGGACAUGUACACCAACGCCUCAUCAACCGUAGGCGGACUGGCUAUAGCCGUACCAGGCGAACUGAGAGGUUAUGGCGCCCUCCACCGGGAGUACGGACGCCUGCCGUGGGGGGAUCUUAUCCGGCCAACGGCGGAACUCUGCCGUCAAGGUCAUCGCGUCAGCCAAUACAUGGGUCGCGUAUUGAAGUCUUACAGCAGCAGAAUCCACGCCGAACCAUCUAUGAGCGAACUGUACGUCAACCCGGAAACGAAGGAGGUUUGGAACGAAGGCGACCUGAUCCGCGAACCAACACUGGCCCGUACAUUAGACGUGAUCGCAGAGGAGGGCCCGGAGGCGAUACACAAUGGCUCUUUAACGGAGGCGCUGGUACGCGACAUACGGAAUUUCGGCGGCAUUAUCACAGAAGACGACCUCAGGAAUUACCAGGUAGAAUGGCAAGAGCCGAUCGCAGUGCCGCUGUCAGAAGACCACACGCUUUACUCAGUCCCGCUCCCCGGCUCCGGGUCGGUGCUGGCCUUCAUUCUCAACAUGUUGCGCGACUGGGUCGGCUCCGGCACGGACGUAGCGUACGGCACCAAUCUCUACUGGCACCGCGUCGUAGAAACCUUCAAGUACGCGUACGCAAAGCGUACCGGCCUCGGCGACCCUUCACGCUCUAAUUUACCCUAUGACAUCAGAGAACUAGAACGAAAUCUAUCCGACGCUGCCUGGGCAAGAGAAUUCCGGAAUGUAGUAGAUGACACAAGAACAUUUUCUGAUUGGCGACACUACGGCGCUCUUUUCGAAGGGGCUGAUGACCACGGCACUGCUCACGUAGUGGUUGUUGCACCUGAUGGCAGCGUUGUUUCGGCCACAAGUACAAUAAACUACAUUUGGGGCUCUCAACGACGAUCUACAAGUCUUGGAAUAAUGUUGAAUAAUGAAAUGGACGACUUUGCGAUUCCACAUCGGGAGUCUGCGUACGGAAUGCCUCCUUCUCCAGCGAACAUGUUAGCUCCAGGUCUUCAACCAUUAAGCUCAAUGGUUCCAAGUAUAGUGUUGUCAAGAAAUGGAACAGCGGACCUAAUUAUUGGUGCCGCUGGAGGUACGAAGAUAACUACACAAGUGGCCUUGGUGGCAAUGCAUACGAUACUUGAACGGAACGAGUUACCCGUUGUGAUACAGCGGCCACGUCUUCACCACCAACUGGUUCCUAUGGAAAUUGAACAUGAAGCCGAUUUUAAUCCGGAUGUCUUAGCAUCUCUGCGUGCGAGAGGGCACGCGACAACAGCGCUCGGGCCGACAGCGGGAUUCGCCGCGAUGGUUGGCGCCGCACGUGACGCCGACGGCUUGCUCGUAGCGCAGACCGACCGCAGGAGAAUCGGCAGCGUCGACGGCUUCUGAUGUCUCGAAAUAAAACAGUUUGGCUGAUUUUGAUGUACACAAUCUCCAAGCUAACUCAACGGUUCUAAAAUACUUACUAUCUUAUUUAAAAAGUGCAGGAGAUAAUUAAUUAUAGUCAAUGGAAUUAGUUUAGCGUUUGUAUACAAUAGAAUCGGCACCUCUAUAUAGGGUAAUUAGAUAUCGUAUUGUGAAUGCUUCCUCAAUAUUAUUGAAAUCAACAUCAUAUCUACCAAUAAAUUCAUUUUCUAAUUCUAAUGGAAGAUAUAUUGUACCGAAUCUUAUAAAUCGGCAAUAAUUGAUAAUGAUUGUUAAAAUUUCCUAAUAUUUAUGAAUAUAAUAACAUGAAUUAGAAGCCUCCUCAUAUAAAAAGGUAAAGCAACCAUUGCUUUAGAAAUAUUUUCUUAUUAUCAGGUCUGAUUCAGCUAUAAAUGUCUGUUAUAGGCUUUAUAGCCUUAUGGCUAUAAAUGUCUGGUAAUAUAUCAUAUUCAUAUAUUUUACAUCGAUUUCUUUAACACACGUACAACGCCCAACAAAAUUGAUUCCACCCAAACCCAUAAUACCACCAUACCAACAUAAUCCCUAAAACGUGCUUCUUUGAAUCUAAGCACUAACACUAACGGCUUAUGACUCAAAUUCCUCGCCGAUGGGCUGUGAUUUUUUUUAUUUUUAACACGUUACCAGUCACCUUCCUCUAAACCUAGUACUCUAUCAAUUAUGGCAACACCACAUUCUUAAAGUUUAUUCUUUGUUCGAGUUAAGAUUCGAAACGUGCCUCGAAAUUUUCAGGUAAAAUAAUGGGUUAUUUUAAAGCAAACGUUUGACCGUUUUACUUUUGUACGCCAAUAUACACUAACAUAAUUCAACAAAUAUUGCUUAAAACAGCAGCGUAAAACAAGCGUAAAAAUUAUAUAAAAAAUUAUCAUAAACCUGAAUUAAAUAAAAAACGGGCCUCUUCCAACUGACCGAAGUCAGACCAGGUACGGAUUUUAAGUUACUUCCAUUAUCUUCACUGAUAACUUCGGCUAUAGAAACGCUUGAAUUUGACCUAUAAGAUCGCUGUUUUUGACCCAAAGAAAAAAGUUAAUUUUUGUCGACUUUUUAAUCACAAAUAUACCUACUUAUUAAUAAUAUUUAUAACAUUUAUGAUUUUGUUCGUUUUUAUACUUUGUUGGUAAAUGAAUAAAAAUGUGAUAUUCAUUUGGAUGAUAUGUUUUACAUGCAUAAUAUGAACUGUGAUGUAUAACUUAGGAAAUAAAGACGUAAAAAAUUUAA